AUGGCGCGUGCCUCGAGCCUGUCGCAGCUGCUUGUGCUGCUGGUUGCGGCAGUGGCAGGAGCCAGGGUGCCCUCGGAUGCGGCCGCGAACACAACGUUUGGCGAGCUCCGCGUACGGCACGCGCUCCUCGGCAGAAAGCCGCAGAUGGGGUGGAACACCUGGAACCACUUCUACUGCGGGAUCAGCGAGGAAGUCAUCAGGCAGACAGAUGAUUGCUGGGCAGAAUUGAACAGGGAUUACCAGGGUAACCUGGUUCCAAAUAAAAGAACAUUCCCCUCUGGCAUCAAGGCGCUUGCAGAUUAUGUGCACGCCAAAGGGUUGAAGCUCGGCAUCUACAGUGAUGCUGGGACACAAACAUGUACUAAACAAAUGCCAGGAUCGCUCGAUCACGAAGAGCAAGAUGUGAGGACGUUCGCGUCUUGGGGAGUUGAUUAUCUGAAGUACGACAACUGCAACGAUGCUGGGAGGAGCGUCAGGGAAAGAUACACUAGGAUAAGCAACGCCAUGAAGAAAUACGGGAAGAACAUCUUCUUCUCAAUCUGUGAGUGGGGAAUCGAAAACCCUGCUACAUGGGCACGUGGCAUGGGUGGUAAUAGCUGGAGGACAACCGCGGACAUUGCUGACAACUGGGACAGCAUGACAUCACGCGCGGACCAGAAUGACAGAUGGGCCUCCUAUGCCGGACCUGGCGGAUGGAAUGAUCCUGAUAUGCUUGAAGUUGGAAAUGGUGGGAUGUCCGAAGCUGAGUACCGCUCGCACUUCAGCAUCUGGGCACUUGCCAAGGUUUGGGCCGGACCGCUCAGCGGCAACAGAAAGGCCGUGGUUCUAUGGAAUAGGCAGGGGUACCAAGCAACCAUAACCGCACACUGGUCAAACGUCGGGCUUCCAGCAUCUGCGUCCGUCACCGCUCGCGAUCUAUGGGCGCACUCGUCAUUCUCUGCUCAGGGGAAGCUAUCUGCAUCAGUGGCGCCUCAUGACUGCAAGAUGUACAUCCUAACACCCAAGUAACUGUAGACGCAAGAAUAGCAAGUCGAUCGAUCUAGUUCAGGGGAAUGGUUUGCAAGGGAGGAUAGAUAGAGCUGAGAUGAGGUGAAUUGAGGAAUGGCAUUUGGUUAUAUAACGUUAGAAAUAAGCUGCAAUAGUAUGUAAAGUGCCGUGAAAAUGUCG